AUGAUGGCUGCGUUUGGGAUCCUGAGUUACGAACACCGGCCGCUGAAGCGGCCGAGACUCGGCCCUCCGGACGUAUAUCCUCAAGACCCAAAGCAAAAAGAGGAUGAAUUGACUGCAUUGAACGUCAAGCAGGGAUUUAAUAACCAGCCGGCUGUGUCAGGGGAUGAACAUGGCAGUGCCAAGAAUGUCAAUUUCAACCCCUUAAAGAUUAGCUCAAACUUCAGCAGCAUCAUCGCCGAGAAGCUGCGAUACAACACAUUCCCAGACACGGGGAAACGGAAACCACAGGUCAACCAAAAGGACAACUUCUGGCCGGUCACAGCCCGCUCCCAGAGUUCCAUAAACAACUGGUUUACAGACUUGGCAGGCACUAAACCCCUCACUCAGCUGGCCAAGAAGGUUCCCAUCUUCAGUAAAAAAGAGGAGGUUUUUGGCUACUUGGCCAAGUAUUCAGUUCCUGUGAUGCGUUCUGCCUGGAUGAUUAAGAUGACCUGUGCAUACCACGCAGCCAUUACUGAGACUAAAGUCAAGAAGAGACACGUCAUAGACCCCUGCAUAGAAUGGACUCAGAUCAUCACCAAAUACCUGUGGGAGCAACUGCAGAAGGUGGCAGAGUUUUAUCGCCAGUCUCCCAGUCAGGGCUGCAGCUCCCCUCCUCCCACCAUCCCUGCUGAUGUGGAGACUGCUAUGAAACAGUGGGAAUAUAAUGAGAAACUGGCCAUGUUUAUGUUCCAGGAUGGUAUGCUGGAUAGACAUGAGUUCCUGACGUGGGUGUUGGAGUGUUUUGAGAAGAUCAGACCAGGAGAGGAUGAACUUCUCAAACUGCUGCUGCCUCUCCUCCUACAGUACUCAGGGGAGUUUGUGCAGUCGGCUUAUCUCUCGAGGCGGUUGGCGUAUUUCUGCACACGUCGGCUCAACUUGCUGCUAAGUGACGGAAGUGUCGGGCCCGGCACAGGCGGGCACCCACCCCAUGGCAUUUCCACGCAGUCCGGCAACGCUUUACCACCCACCCCAACUUCCCAGCCUGCAGGAGGCAGCCAAGCACAGACACCCUUCACAGAUUUCUACAUCUGCCCCCAACACCGACCUGUGGUGUUUGGACUGAGCUGUAUGCUACAGAGUAUUGUCCUGUGCUGCCCCAGUGCUUUGGUGUGGCACUACUCGCUCACUGACAGCAGGAAUAAAACUGGUUCACCAUUGGAUCUGCUGCCUAUUGCCCCCUCUAACCUGCCCAUGCCCGGGGGCAACAGCACCUUCAUUCAGCAGGUGCGGGCCAAGGUGAGAGAAAUUGAGGAGCAGAUUAAGGAGAGAGGGCAGGCAGUGGAGUUCCGCUGGUCCUUUGACAAGUGCCAGGAGACCACUGCUGGUUUCACUAUUAGUCGUGUUCUUCACACUCUGGAGGUGUUGGACAACCACAGCUUUGAGAAAUCUGACUUCAGCAAUUCUUUGGACUCUCUCUACAACAGAAUAUUUGGCUCUGGCCAGAGUAAAGACGGGCAUGAGAUGACUCCCGACGAUGACGCGGUGGUGACUCUGCUAUGCGAGUGGGCCGUGAGCUGUAAGAGGUCAGGCAGACACAGAGCGAUGGUGGUGGCCAAACUACUGGAGAAGAGACAGACUGAGAUAGAGGCGGAGAGGUGUGGAGAAUCGGAGGUUGUGGAUGAGAAAGGCUCCGUGUCUUCGGGUUCUCUGUCUGCUGCCACAGUACCGGUCUUUCAGGACGUGCUGCUGCAGUUUCUUGACACACAGGCUCCUGUGCUUACUGAGCCUGGUAAUGAGAGUGAGCGUGUGGAGUUCUCUAACUUGGUGCUCCUCUUCUGCGAGCUCAUCCGGCACGAUGUCUUCUCUCACAACAUCUACAUGUGCACACUCAUCUCCCGUGGCGACCUGGCCUCUGAUUCACACAUGCCUCGCCCACGUUCCCCAAGCGACGAGCCCUCUGACGAGUCAGAGCGCAAGGACCAGGAGGCGGGAAGCAGUGUCAAAAUGGAGGACACUGGACUCUCUGAAUCUAUGGAAAUAGAUCACAACUCCAGUGCCAAUUUUGAUGAGAUGUUCUCUCCUCCGAUGCACUGUGAGUCAAAGGGAAGCCCCUCCCCCGAAAAAGCUGCCCCAGACCAGGAUGGGAAGAGCAAUGUGAAGGAGAAGGGUGUGGACCCAGCGUUCCCUCUGGUGUACGAGCAGCCACGCCACAUCCAGUACGCCACACACUUCCCCAUUCCGCAGGAGGAGAGUGCCAGUCACGAGUGUAACCAGCGGCUGGUGGUUCUUUAUGGCGUUGGCAAGCAGAGGGACGAGGCUCGACAUGCCAUUAAGAAAAUCACCAAAGACAUCCUCAAAGUGCUUAAUCGCAAAAGCACUGCAGAGACAGGUGGUGAGGAAGGACAGAAGAGGAAGAGGAGUAAGCCAGAGGCUUUCCCCACGGCAGAGGACAUCUUCUCUAAAUUCCAGCAUCUCUCCCACUUUGACCAGCAUCAGGUCACCUCUCAGGUGUCCAGGAAUGUUCUGGAACAGAUCACCAGUUUUGCCUUAGGAAUGUCCUACCACUUACCCUUGGUGCAGCACAUCCAGUUCAUCUUUGACCUCAUGGAGUAUUCUCUCAACAUCAGUGGGCUUAUUGACUUCGCAAUUCAGUUGCUGAACGAACUGAGCCUGGUGGAGGCUGAACUCCUGCUGAAAUCCUCUAAUCUGGUAGGCAGCUACACCACAGGCCUGUGUCUGUGCAUCGUAGCUGUCCUGCGGAGGUACCACUCAUGCCUCAUCCUCAACCCUGACCAGACUGCACAGGUCUUUGAUGGCUUGCGUAUAGUUGUGAAGUCAGGAGUGAACCCUGCGGACUGUUCCUCGGCUGAGCGGUGUAUUCUGGCCUACCUGUAUGACCUGUACACCUCCUGUAGCCAUCUCAAGAGCAAGUUCGGAGAGAUCUUCAGUGAGUUUUGCUCCAAGGUGAAGAACUCAAUCUACUGGAACAUUGACCCAUCAGACUCCAACAUGUUGUGGGAUCAAGUCUUCAUGAUUGAUGCCAUUGCUAAUCCCUCAGCCCACAACAUUAACCACUCCAUGGUGGGCAAGAUCCUCAAUGACAGCCCCGCCAACCGCUACAGCUUUGUGUGUAAUGUGCUUAUGGACGUGUGUGUGGACCACCGUGACGCUGAGAGGGUGAAUGAUAUUGGGAUCCUGUGUGCUGAGUUGACAGCGUACUGUCGCUCUCUCAGUGCCGAGUGGCUGGGAGUUCUCAAAGCUCUAUGCUGCUCUUCAAACAAUGGCAACUGUGGCUUCAAUGACCUGCUCUGCAACGUCGAUGUGAGUGACCUUUCCUUCCACGACUCCCUGGCUACAUUUGUAGCUAUUCUCAUAGCUCGACAGUGUCUGCUCCUGGAAGACCUAGUGCGCUGCGUGGCCAUUCCCUCCCUCUUAAAUGCGGCUUGCAGUGAGCAAGAUUCAGAACCUGGAGCCAGACUCACCUGUAGAAUCCUGCUACACCUCUUCAGAACCCCUCAGAGAAACCCUUGCCCUCAGGAUGGCACUAAGUCAGAUAAAUCCACUGUGGGGAUUAGGUCGUCGUGUGAUCGCCAUCUUCUGGCCGCAUCACAGAACAGCAUUGUGGUGGGAGCUGUGUUUGCUGUUCUGAAGGCAGUCUUUAUGCUUGGAGAUGCAGAGCUGAAGGGCUCGGGCUUCUCACAUCCUGCUGGGCUGGAUGACAUAGGUGAAGAUGACAUGGGCUCCAAAAAAUCUGGUGGUCGCAACGUUUCCAUAGAAACAGCCAGUCUAGACGUCUAUGCCAAGUAUGUGCUGAAGAGUAUUUGCCAGCAGGAGUGGGUGGGUGAGCGUUGUCUUAAGUCUCUGUCUGAGGACAGUAGUGCUCUGCAGGAUCCAGUGCUUGUGAAUAUCCAGGCUCAGAGAUUGCUGCAGCUCAUCUGUUACCCUCACAGACAGCUGGACAGUGAGGAGGGGGAUAACCCUCAGAGACAACGCAUUAAACGCAUUUUACAGAACAUGGAUCAGUGGACAAUGAGGCAGUCAUCCCUGGAGCUUCAGCUGAUGAUCAAGCAAAGCACAAACAAUGAGCUGUAUUCCUUGCUGGAGAACAUAGCUAAAGCCACCAUAGAGGUUUUCCAGAAAUCUGCAGAGAUGAACUCCAGUAAUCCCUCAUGGAAUGGCUCAGCUGUAUCCAGCAGCUCAGUCUCCAAUAGCAACAACACCAGCAAGCUCAAACCCGUGCUUAGUUCGUCGGAACGCUCUGGUGUAUGGCUUGUGGCCCCUUUGAUUGCUAAACUGCCCACCUCAGUGCAGGGUCAUGUGCUGAAGGCAGCCGGAGAGGAACUGGAAAAAGGCCAGCACCUAGGAUCCUCCUCCCGCAAAGAGAGAGACCGGCAGAAACAGAAAAGUAUGUCUCUGCUGAGUCAGCAGCCGUUUCUGUCUCUGGUGCUGACGUGUCUGAAAGGGCAGGAUGAACAGAGGGAGGGUCUCCUCACCUCUCUCUACAGCCAGGUACAACAGAUUGUCACUAAUUGGAGGGAGGACCAGUAUCAGGAUGACUGCAAAGCCAAGCAGAUGAUGCAUGAGGCACUAAAGCUGCGACUCAAUCUGGUGGGUGGGAUGUUUGACACAGUGCAGCGGAGUACCCAGCAGACCACAGAGUGGGCGGUGCUUCUGCUUGACAUCAUCAGCAGUGGUACUGUGGACAUGCAGUCCAACAAUGAAUUAUUCACCACUGUGUUGGACAUGUUGAGUGUGUUGAUAAAUGGCACUCUGGCUGCCGACAUGUCCAGUAUCUCUCAGGGCAGUAUGGAGGAGAAUAAGAGAGCCUAUAUGAACCUGGUUAAAAAACUCAGGAAAGAAUUGGGUGAUCGUCAGUCAGAGAGUUUGGAGAAAGUACGGCAGCUGUUGCCCCUCCCUAAACAGACUCGUGAUGUCAUCACCUGUGAGCCUCAGGGCUCCCUCAUUGACACCAAGGGAAACAAAAUUGCUGGAUUUGAGAAAGAGGGUCUUCAGGUAUCCACAAAACAGAAGAUUUCUCCGUGGGACGUGUUUGAAGGCCUGAAACAUUCAGCCCCUCUCUCAUGGGGUUGGUUUGGCACAGUACGGGUUGAUCGCAAGGUCACCAAAUUUGAGGAGCAGCAGCGGCUUCUGCUCUACCACACCCACCUGAAACCCAAACCACGCAGCUACUACCUGGAGCCCCUACCUCUGCCCCCAGAGGAGGAGGAACCACCUACGCCCGUGCCACAGGAGCCAGACAAGAAAAUGGAGGCAGUGAAACCUGAGAAAAGUGUGCCUGCAGUGGCCUCUGAUCCCAGUAAGAAGAAACCCAAGAAGAAGAAGACUCCAUCCACUAGUAAAACAGAGGACUAUAAUCCUCGUAAUCCGGGAGUGAUGCCUUACAAUCCGGGUAUGAACCCUGAACUCCUGAUAAGUCAGCAGAACCAUCCCUAUGGCAGGAUGGGCUACACCCAACCGCCCGGUGCCAUGUAUCCGAACCAGACACAGACGCAGCCCCUCCCACCAGGAGGGCCUGGUCUGGACCCACCCUACAGACCACGUAACUCCAUGGGAAAACUGAUGCCCACACGGCCGAACUAUCCUGGCAUGAUGCCCUCUAUGCAGGGGCCAAUGGGUGCAGUGAUGGGGCUGGACAAACAGCCGUACGCCAUUGGUGGGUACAAACAACCCCCAAUGCAGCAGGGCCAGAUCCUACGCCAACAGCUGCAGGCCAGACUGGGCCUUAUGGCACAGCCAAUUAGGCAGAUGCCACCCAAUCCUCAGUACUCCUCAAUGCCGCCGUCACAGAACAUUUCCCAGGGUUACACCACUUAUGCCUCACACAUGGGGAUGCAGUCACACCCCUCACAGGCUAGUGGGAUGGUUCCUUCUUCAUAUGGGAGCCAGAGUUUUCAUGGCACACACCCUGGCUCAAACUCUCAAGCUGUGAUGGACCCAUCAAGGCUAAUGCAACAGAGACCCAGUGGAUAUGUUCACCAGCAGGCUCCCGCGGGAUACACACAUGGCAUGCAGAACACACAGAGGUUUGCCCAUCAGUCCAUUCAGCAGACGCCACUGAUGCAUGGGCUCGGACAAGGUCACAUGGGUGCCCAGGGCGUGCACCCAGGCAUGAGACCCAAUCAAAUGCUGGAACAACAGCAACAACAGCAGCAAGCUCAGCAGCAGCAGUAUCUCAGACAGCAGGCUCUUAGACAACAACAGCAGGUCCAGCAGCAGCAAGCUCAGCAACAGGUUCCUCAACAGCAGGUCCAGCAACAGCAGGUUCAACAGCAGCAGCAGGUCCAGCCUCAGCAGGUCCAACAGCAACCACAGGUCCAACAGCAACAAGUAGCAGCAGCUCAACCCCCUACCCAGGCUCAGAGUCAAGCUCUGGGCAUGCAGCCUCUGCCUCCCCAGCAACCUAUGUUCCCAAGGCAGGGUAUGCAGCAGACUCAACAACAGCAGCAGACAGCAGCCCUGGUCCGACAGCUCCAGCAGCAACUCUCAAACACACAACCAAAUCAGAACACCAACUCAUAUUACUGAUUACUGAGACUGUGUGGGCAUACCCAAGUUCAGAGGGAAGAAGAACAGUUGAGUAAUAGUUUUAAAGCCCUGAGAUGUUGGCUCUGAGGGAAGGACACUACAACCUGACACUUGAGAUGACCUGGAAUCUGUGUCCUGUCUCUAAGGCAGGGACAAACCAACUUCUUCUCUGACAUGUAAUUCCCAGUUCCAUGGAGGGAUAUGGCUGUGAUAUAGUGAUCAUGGAGAACA